CACAGAAGACAACAUGUAAUGCUGUGCAGUGAAGCCCACAAUCACGCGAGAUCUACCAACACCUGCUAGGACAACUUCAGGCUGAACGCAUGGCGAGGGGUGUCUUUCCUACUGGUUGACAGUCACUGUCAAAGAAGCAACAGGACAACAAAGAACACGAUCAGUUGGGAGCGAAGGAGAGCGGUCACUGUUGUGUCACAGCUUGUCUUUUCUUUGUCAAGCUCAGGAAAGUCUCUCUCCUCUGACCACGAGGGAAGCUCACAGUGGAGAAACCUCUCCCCCCUGCCCUGACGAUGAGGUUAAAAGUGUGACCGUGGAUGUGGUCAGUAGCGCCCUCUUUGGUUCAUCCUGGACAUGGUGAGUGGCAGAGACACGGAGGACAGAGAGGAGACCUCCCAGUAGAGCGAACGAGACAGAAAGAGCUGGUAAAGGAUCACCAUGGAGAUGGACUGGCACAGGAUUACACCUAUUGUCACCACCUGUGCAGAUGGAAGAAAAGAUGGAGGUUUAGAAAGACAGUAGUUCAGAGUAUGUACACUAGGAGACAAUGAAGCAUAAGGGACCCUCAGGUACAAAAGUGAGCUUGAAUGCUAUGAGUUGGUUAAUGGGUUUUUGACCUCUGAGGUUUUUUUGAUGGAACUUAUAAACUUAUAAAUAAAUAAAAAAUGAUAGGCAAGGUUCUUCAAUAGUAUUUGAAUUUGUUUGGAUUUUUGAGUCCCUACAGCCAUGAAACAAGAAAAAACACAAAUAGAGUAACGUUUGACACACAACAUACAAACUAUGGAGCUGUUGUCAUUCUGACAUCACUGACUGCAAUAGUUUGUCACUUCAUGAUGGUGCUUUGUUUUAUGUGUUCAAACCUUCUCCCUUUGGUGAUCAUUGAAGAUAAAUGACACAAGGACAAGGACCGGGUGACAGAGGAACCAGAGGAAACAUCCCUGCAACAAAGACCACAUGAAGAGCAACAGGUGAGAGUUUGUCUCUCUGGAGGAAGCAGGACAUGGCGUGCAGUGCACUUUACCUUGGCGAAGCUGAGGUAGAAGUCUCUCUUGAGUGUGCUUCUCUCUGUGGAGAUGAUCUGGUAGAGGAUGGAGGCCAGCAGCAGGGCCAGGCCCACUCUCAGGGCCAUGAGGAGGACACCUGCCAAAUUCUGCUGGAAGUGCGGCUCCCAUCUUGUGUGCUCACUGGUGGACAGGCAUCCUGACUGGAGAAUUAUUAAUCUCGAUAAUUUGGAUUACUGCUGCAGCCCCAGGAGCCUGGAGAGCAUUGAAGAUCGCAUGAACUACACCUUUAUGAAGGGAGACGUGUGUAACUCGCAGUUGGUUGACCACAUUUUCAGCACAGAAAACAUCGACGUUAUUUUCCACCUGGCAGCUAAAACACACGUCGAAUCAUCCUUUGAGUCACCAUCUAAUUUCCAGCGGGUUAAUGUCGAAGGGACCAGAGUUUUACUGCGAGCUGCUCAUCAGGCCAGACACCAGCCGCGGCGCUUCUUCUACGUCAGCACCGAUGAGGUGUACGGGUCCAGUCUGCACAAGGUGUUUGAUGAGAGCAGCCCAGUGAGACCAUCCAACCCAUAUUCUGCUACUAAAGCAGCAGCCGAGUUCUUGGUCAGAUCCUACUGGGACAAAUAUAAGUUUCCAAUUAUUAUAACCAGGAGCAACAACAUCUAUGGACCCAGACAGUACACUGAGAAGGUAAUUCCACGGUUUAUCACCCUCUUGCAAACGAACAAGAAAUGCACCAUCCAGGGAACGCUCCCUAAAUCUCGCCAUUUCCUGUUUAUCGAUGAUGCCAUCGACGCCUUCCUGCUGCUUCUGGAGAAAGGGAUUGUGGGUGAAAUCUACAACAUGGGCACAAGUUGUGAAAUUCCCAUCUUGCAACUGGCCACGGAGCUCAUUAGGAUGGUGAAGAAUGUGCCAGAAGUGAAUGACUGGAUUGAGUUUGUCCCUGACAGGCCGCAGGUCGACCUGCGAUACCCCAUCACAUGUGAGAAGCUGCAGCAGCUGGGCUGGAGAGCAGAGGUGACCUGGGCUGAGGGCAUCAGACAGACCGUCAAAUGGUACCAAGACAACCCAGACUUCUGGUCAGAUGCGAGUGCAAAUUGAAGAAGCAAACGUCCUCUACUGUGCCAUAAAGAUUGUCUGACAGUCUCUGAACGAUCAGCGGACCAAAAACCUGACCUGCAGUGCCUGGAGGUGUGGCGCCUCUCUUAAACCAAAGCAACAUUUUAACAGGAAAUCAAAGCACUUUAUCUCCACAUUCAUCAUGUUUUCCAUAAUCUCUUACUUGUUCACCAGGUUCUGUUUUCUUUUGUCCAAUUUUGACUGAUUGAUUAACUCAUGUUGGUUUUCCUGCCAAAGAUCUAUCAGCUGGAGUGAUGUCAACUGCAGCUUCCCUUCCAUUUUGCCUCAAAGGUAGACAAACUCGAGUGAAAGCAGAGUAAUUGAGAAGUUUGUCAUAUUUAAGGACGUCCAGCUCGGUGAUGUGUUACAUUACAGUUCUGUAACAACAUGGCAAACGUUUGAAUGUCAUUUCCAGGUAAUAACUUGGUAAUACUUAGAGACAGUAUUACAGCAAUUCUGUGUUGUUUAAGUCAUAUGGUUUUAGCUUUUUUAAGGCUAAAAUCACUGUAAUUCAGUCACACGAUUUCACGCGAUAGUAUUAUCUGGCAUUACUUCAAAAUGUAUUGCAGUCUUUAGAACACAUUAUUACCAAGCCAUUACAUGGUGGAUAGCAUUAGAAAUUAGGAGGUUCUAGCACAAUAACGGUUAUUUCUGAACUGCAAAUUGUUGCUCACCCAUUUCCCGCUGAUUUGUAUCAGCUGAACUGCAGCAACACCUCCAUAAUUUCAUUUCUUUACCUGCUUUUAUGUCACUUUGUUCAGUCUACUGAUGCUUCUGUAAAAACAGGAAAUACAGGUUGCGAAGGGAAAUGCAGCGAAUGUGAAAUCCACACAUCUCAGUGCGUUUUAUGCUGUGCUAUACAUAUUCAUGUUUACUUGAUGAAACUGACACAUUAUUUAAGUUCAAAUAAAUAUUUAAUCAUGUUAAA